AUGAGACGAGGUACUUCCAAUCGUAUACUGUAUUCACUGUUUAUUCUGGUGGUUGUCACGUUUUUUGUCCUCACCAUCAACAUCUACACUGGUCCCUUCUCUGAAACCGGUCAUGAGAACGAAAUCACUCCAGCCAGUCCGAUUCUUCCAAAGUCUUCUGAAAUGCGACGUCGUCGUGAUUUAUCACUGAAAGAGGCGUGGCUUAAGAAGCGGAUUCAGAAGAGUACGGAGAGUAGAUCUCAGUUCAACGGGAUUUAUGUGCGGGAGGCGUAUCGGGUGUCAGAUGAGGAGAUCAGAUUUGUUUAUUUGGAGAAUCAGGAUAAUAACAUAAACCUUCAAGCAGAAAUCCCGAAACUCGGAUGGCAACCAGUGGAAUGGUUUUGCUUCAAUGCUUCAUGCUACGAUUACUUAUUUUGUUCAAUGGCUACACGAUUCGGAAGUAUUCGACUCCCGCAGACGUCUGCACAUCAGCCGUAUAUCCACUUGACUACAGAGAGGAGCGAUGAGUAUACGGUGGUGCCGGUGAACGACGUCCGUCUCCGCCCAUCCUCCCACCACUAUCCGCACACCCUCGGCGUGUGCCUCCAACCAAUAUUCUUCUUCACCGACUGGACCGUCAUCAUGCAAUUCUUCGAGUCAUGGAUAGCCCAAGGCGCCACAAAAUUCUAUUUCUACCUUCAUAGCUACACGUGGCAAACAAAAAAGGUGUUGGAUUUCUACAAGGACUCGCUGGGAGACGGGUUGGAGCUCCUCGAUUGGAGUGACCUACCAGUGCACGCAAGGGAUAAGGGAAUGUAUGAUAGGGAUCCGAAUAGCAGAGUGUUUAGGCAUGGUGCCACCGCGUUCAUGCAUGAUUGUAUGAUGAGGGCAAGAAGCGUUGUGAAAUUCGUUGCCAACACUGAUCUAGAUGAUCUACCUGUGUCAUCCACCCUAAAUUUACCUGAUGCUCUGGAGAAGGUGUCCACCAGACACCCAGAUGCCGCGCAAUUCAAGGUGGACUGGAUUCUAAGUCAUCAGCCGCAACACUGGGACUCAAUUCACAACGCUAAGGAUGUCAACUUCGACCUACAAUCCGUGAGAGUCCUCAAAAUCGAAAAUAUCCGUUGGGACUACAGGGUCUCCAAGAAAAUGUUCCAUAGACCGGAGAGAGUAAUGCACUUUGAUAUGCACUCAGUGUACCGUAAUGAGUUAGCUGGUGAGAAGAACCAACAGUAUACCACUAUUGAGAUGUUUGAUAACUCGGAUUUGUAUUUCUUGCAUUUGAGACGAUUCGAAAGACAUUUGAUGAAUCCUCUACCUGUGGAGUAUAAUAAUAGUUUCAACCAUUCGUUGUUGAUGAAAAUGAAUACGCGGAUGUUGGAUCAGUAUACGAAGAGGAUUGAUGGGACCGAGUUUGCAGAGUCCCCCCUCACCCCUUGGUCCCUGGAAGCCCGUCAAACCAUGCGAGAUCUAGAACAGUGCCGUCGUGAAGCGUUCGGAUCAAUCCUCGACGAUCAGAACCAAAUGUGUCAGCAGAGUUCAUCUGGAUGUGAGGGGAUGCUUACAGCCGGUGUCCCAUUUAUAAAAACCACACAGACUUGGGUGAAUAUUGCACAUAAGGCGUUGUUUAACACUUAUGUUGAGAAGACUAAACGGUUUUCUCUGUUCUAG